AUGGUAAAGCUUCGAUUGUGGCUGUCGCCUGGAGCGUGUUCAUUGGCACCGCAUGUUGCUCUCCAGGAAUCAGGUUUGGCCUUCGAAAUAUUGAUCAUUGACAUCACAAAGCCGCCAUACGGCUUUCCUGAGAAGUAUCAGCACAUCAACCCGAAGAAGAGAAUCCCGAUCCUCGAGUAUGAUGAUCAAAUCAUUACCGAGACGACGGCUAUCAUGACCGCAACUUCCCAGUUGGCUCCUGACAAGCAUCUCUUUGGCAAGACCAACCUCGAAGUCAUCCGUACGUAUGAAUGGCUCAACUGGCUGUCCGGUACUGUACACGAGCGUGGACUGGGCGCUUUGUUUAGCCCUCAAUGGUACGUCGACAAUGCCACUGCUCAAGAAGGCGUCAGUCAGAAGGCCAGGACUUGGGUCGAUCACUGCUUCGGCCUGAUCGAGAACCGUCUGGCCGAUAGCAAGACCACUUACGCCUCUGGCGACGAUUUCACAGUCGCUGAUAUCUUCCUUUGGGUCAUGUAUCGCUGGGGCUACCUUCUCAAGAUCGACAUGGAGAAGCAGUAUCCCAGCUGGACCAAGCUCGCGGCCGAGGUAGUCAAGAGGGAAGCUGUCAAGGCUGCGGUGGAGAAAGAGGGUAUCCCAAUGAUUCGCGACAAUCGUGCUCCUCCCGAGUAUGGCACGAUGCACGACAGGGGCUUCUGA